GGCGCGCGCGCCCCGCCGGCGGGCCCGGCGGCCAGUGCGAGCCGCGAGAGCCCAGCGGCCAGCCCUCCCAGCUCGCCAUGGGGUCCUCCACCGCUGCCACUGCCACUGCCGCACUCGUCUUCGCCGCAGCCUUUGUCGCAGCAGUGUACAGCCAGGAAGCCCAACCAAUAGACCCAGUGAUCGAAUCUCAAUGUCGGCCUUACGUGGAGAAGGCCCUCAGAGAGUUCGGCACAUCUGAAUAUCCUCCAGGUGAUAAAGAUCAGCAGCAUGCUGAACCAGCAGUGUCAUCAGAAGAUACUGAUCAGGUGCCAAAGUCUGGAGAGGCAGACAGCCCCACUGAGACAGUAGAAGUAUCUACCGAGGAGGUAACAAGUAAAGAGGAGGCCGUAGCAAGUGCAGAAGAAGGAUUACACAGCACUGAGGAUGAAGCAGCCAGUGCAGAAGAAGGACAACAAAGAGAAGAACGGAGUGUUCCCACUGAAGAACUGGGAUCACCUGCAAGUGCUGAGGAGGUAACAAAAGAUGGUGCUGUGAGUGUAGAGGAGGCGGCAGCCAGCACGGAGGAGGAGGCGGCGGCCGCCAGCGUGGAGGAGGAGGGAGCGGCCAGUGCGGAAGAGGCAGCAGCCAGCGCAGAAGAGGGAGCCGCCAGCGGGGAGGAGGCAGCAGCAGCCAGCGCGGAAGAGGGAGCAGCCAGUGCGGAAGAGGGAGCAGCCAGCGCGGAAGAGGGAGCAGCCAGCGCGGAAGAGGGAGCAGCCAGCGCGGAAGAGGGAGCAGCCAGCGCGGAAGAGGGAGCAGCCAGCGCGGAAGAGGGAGCAGCCAGCGCGGAAGAGGGAGCAGCCAGCGCGGAAGAGGGAGCAGCCAGCGCGGAAGAGGGAGCAGCCAGCGCGGAAGAGGGAGCAGCCAGCGCGGAAGAGGGAGCAGCCAGCGCGGAAGAGGGAGCAGCCAGCGCGGAAGAGGGAGCAGCCAGCGCGGAAGAGGGAGCAGCCAGCGCGGAAGAGGGAGCAGCCAGUGCGGAAGAGGGAGCAGCCAGCGCGGAAGAGGGAGCAGCCAGCGCGGAAGAGGGAGCAGCCAGCGCGGAAGAGGGAGCAGCCAGUGCGGAAGAGGGAGCAGCCAGCGCGGAAGAGGGAACAGCCAGCGCGGAAGAGGGAACAGCCAGCGCGGAAGAGGGAGCAGCCAGCGCGGAAGAGGGAACAGCCAGCGCGGAAGAGGGAGCAACCAGCGCGGAAGAGGGAGCAGCCAGUGUGGAAGAGGGAGCAGUCAGUGCGGAAGAGGGAGCAGUCAGUGCGGAAGAGGGAGCAGCCAGUGCAGAGGAGACUGUGACUAGCACAGAAGAGGGUGCCACCAGCGCGGAAGAGGGUGCCGCCAGUGCGGAAGAGGGUGCAGCAAGUGCGGAAGAGGGUCUCGCCAGCGCGGAAGAGGGUGCCGCCAGCGCGGAAGAGGGUGCAGCAAGCGCGGAAGAGGGUGCAGCAAGCGCGGAAGAGGGUGCAGCAAGCGCGGAAGAGGGUGCAGCAAGCGCGGAAGAGGGUGCAGCAAGCGCGGAAGAGGGUGCAGCAAGCGCGGAAGAGGGUGCAGCAAGCGCAGAAGAGGCUGCAGCCAGCGCGGAAGAGGAUGCAGCCAGCGCAGAAGAGGCUGCAGCCAGCGCAGAAGAGGCUGCAGCAAGCACAGAAGAGGCUGCAGCAAGCACAGAAGAGGCUGCAGCAAGCGCAGAAGAGGCUGCCGCAAGCGCAGAAGAGGCUGCCGCAAGCACAGAAGAAGAACAAAAGGAAGAUGAGAAACAAAAAGGUGGAACUGAUGAGAAAGCAGCUGAGGAUGCAGAGGAAAAACCUGUGGAUAUUCCUGAAGGAAAAGAUGUUGGUCCUGAAUCAGCUGAGAGUGAGGAACCAAUAACAGAAGCGGAACCAAUCCCUGAGGAAGAACUAACACAGGAAAUGGAGAUUCCAGACAAGCUGCGACCUAGAGAACACAUUGCAAAAAUACUACAACUUGAUUCUGAAUCUGCCGAAAAAGAGCUAAUGCUGAGCAAGGUAGCCGAUAUUAUACUGCGAGAUUUAAAGCGCCUCUAUGACAAUGCUAUCAAGCCUCUUGAAACACUUUAUAAAUACAGAGACCUCAGCAACCGACACUUUGGAGAUCCCGAAAUCUUUUCAAAACCUCUGAUACUAUUUAUGGGUCCCUGGAGUGGAGGGAAGUCCUCUAUCAUCAAUUAUCUCUUAGACAAUGAAUACACAGGAACCGCACUACGAACAGGUGCUGAACCAUCACCAGCCUAUUUCAAUAUUGUUAUGUGGGGUGACCGAUCAGAGGUGCUAGAUGGAACGCAGCUCGCAGCCGACUGGACAUUUUCUGGCUUGCAAAAGUUUGGGCAGGGUCUGCUAGAUCGACUGAGAGGUCUGCGCUUACCUAACAAAUUGCUCGAAAAGGUUAACAUAGUGGAAAUUCCAGGAAUUCUAGAAAUUCGUAAACAGGUAGAACGCCUGUUUCCUUUUAAUGAUGCGUGUCAGUGGUUUAUCGAUCGUGCCGACAUAAUAUUUCUGGUAUACGACCCAGCAAAGCUGGAUGUGGGACCUGAGACCGAAGCGAUCUUGGACCAGCUGAAAGGACGGGAGUCACAGACUCGAAUUGUGCUCAACAAGGCAGACCAAGUGAAGCCUGAGGAACUCAUGCGUGUCCAGGGGACACUUAUUUGGAACAUAAGUCCGCUGAUGUCAAGCUCAGAGCCUCCUGUUAUGUAUUCAACUUCAUUAUGGUCACUGCCUUAUGAGCUGGGAGCACCCGUGCGACUAUUGCAAGCACAAGAACACGCAUUCCUUCAGGAUAUGAGAAAAGCUAUCGAUAGACGAGUGGAGAACAAGAUUGCUAGUGCCAGACGUUUUGCAGUGAGAGUCCGGAACCACGCAAAAAUGGUUGAUUGCUACCUGACAACAUAUUACAAUCACAAAGGGCUCUUCGGUAACCGCAAGAGGGUUAGUGACGACAUCAUUGAAAGGCCACAAGACUACCACAUUUAUGAAGGCCUCAGCACUCUGACUAAUAUUUCACGAUACGACCUUCCCGACCCAGAUGUCUACCGCGACUUCUUUCGACUGAACCCUCUCUACGACUUUCCUCUUCUAUCAUCCACGUGUACAUACUUCCGGGGAUGCCCUAUAAACCGAUUAGAUGUUGCCAUCGCAUAUGACCUGCCUGAGUUGGUAGGGAAGUACCACAAGGGUGUAGAAGAGGCACUCACACAACUGAAUGCACGGGUCCAGAGUUGAGCUUUUCCAAGAUGGUGGCUGCAGAAAGUAUACAAUGCCCAGGGUCCACCUUCUUAAUGAGUAAGAGUAAGCUGGAAACCACUUCCAGCAGGCAAUGCGAACAAUAUGUGAUUUGUGUGGGGAAACAACAGAUGACAGUGGCUGUGAUCAUACACUGAGCCUGUACUCAAUAUUAACUCUGACUAUGAGCAGCAUAGACUUUUUUUAAAAAAAUAAAAUAAACCAACAAAAAAUGAUAUUCACAAAAGCGAGACUGCGGCCAUCACUUCUGGGUACAAUUAAAAUAGUCUCAAUCAAGCUUUUAGAACAAAAGCAUAAAAAAUGAAGACACAACACCAAAUAUUUUUCAAAGAAAGUCACCGAUAAAUGCAGAUGUGUUAAAUAAACAAAACAAAUUUAAUAAGAAUUAUAGGCAUAUGUGACACUGAGAUUUUAAAAAAAUUCUGAGGUUUUCAGAUAAUUCCAGCAAAUCAACAACUGAAAUCCAGGGGGGAAACAAUACAGCAAACUUGAAUUGCUCCUCUUUAUAAAGCAGACAAGUAGAAAGUGUUUGGAAUUUUUGGUCAUUGCAUAUGCUUUCAAAGACGACAGACCAAGUGAAAUUCUAGUUUGGAGCAUAAUUCAGUUAGUGCAAGAAUGUGUAAAAGGCUGCUAAUAUGUAAACUGCCACUGUCACCUGUGACAUGCAUAGUUCCCUAAAACGAAUGAGAAAUUCACUAAUCCAAAAUUGACACUACAGAGACUCAGAAAGUGCACCCUGUGGCAUAAGUUUGAUUGCAACCAGUGAAGUGGAAGGAAGCUCUAGACAUUCCACUUCAAAAAGCUUUAACUCAGCUACAGGAACAUAAAAAGUUCAAAUGUAGCUACCUAAAGUGAAACAGUGUCCUACCAAAAGAACAUUGUGUAACUGUCCAACAACUUAAGCACUAAGUGGAGAAGUUAAAGAGUGAUUAUGCAGUGUCAUGACUGUGUGAACUUAGGCAUUUUACAUAGACCUUUCACACAUCUUUAUCCAGAGCUGCAUUUCUGCAAAAAUAUGCAUUGCAAGAAAGAAAAUGAAGACUUUUAUGAGAAAUUUAACUUCACGUUAUUUUAGAGAAGCAAAGGGAGAAAAGUUCCACAAGCAAGCAAUAAUAUGAUUUUUGUAUGUCAUAUUUCUACAAUCUCUACUCAAAUCACAUACAGUGUGUGGUGUGAUGAUAUUUAGGCACAUGUAUCCUUAUACAAUCCUCAGGGUAUAAAUGCAGGUACAGUUUAGUUCGAACAAAGCAGUAAGUUUAUCUUUUUUACUGUUAACUCUGGUUCAUACAUUUAUGGCUUGCAGAAGCAUAGUUUGCUGCAGAAUGAGAUAAGUAAGGUGCUGUGUACAAAUGUGUUCAAAAUGAAAAACAGCAACCUCUACAAAUUUCAUUGAUUGAUAUAAUAAAAAGGCACAUCACAAGGUCCAAGCAAUUCAAGUGAAAAGAAGAAACAAUAUGAUGUGUAUUUUACAACCAAGGAUUAAAUGUGUAAAUUUUAUGUGUGUAUAUGCAGUGCUUCAAGACAUUUCCUGCACAGCCACUAAACAAGUUACGUGGCAAUCGCAUUUCCUUGAAUGUCUGUGAGUUACCUAGAACUACCAACAGAGAUUGUUCUCCAAAUUGUAUGUGUGAGUGAGUGUAUUUUUGUUUGUAAAAUUUUACUUAAGUAUUCAUAAUAAAAUCAAUGUACUGUUUGUUAA